UAAGAUUGAAGAAUUAUAAAGCGGUAUCAAAGUUCAAAGUCGUCGCACGUACUGCUUAAAACAUACUAUCUACAUCAAGUCGCAAAAAAAUUAAUUCUUGCAAUGCUGCGUGCUUCAAUUAAUCAAAGUAUCCGAAAAUUCGGUACUAACGCGUCAAUAACAUGCAAUCGACUACAAGGGAAAGUUGCGAUUGUGACAGCAUCAACAGAUGGAAUAGGAUUUUCUAUAGCGAGACGUUUGGCACAAGAAGGUGCUAAAGUGAUGAUCAGCAGCCGCAAAGAAAAUAAUGUGAAGAAGGCUGUAGAGGAACUUCAAUCAGAAGGAUUACAAGUUGCAGGUACUGUCUGCCAUGUGGGAAAAGCAGAGGAUAGGAAAAAUCUAAUUGAACAAACCAAACUAAGUUUUGGAGGCUUAGAUAUUUUGGUAUCUAAUGCAGCUGCUAAUCCAGCAAUUGGUGCAGUAUUGGACAGUGCAGAAGAAGUUUGGGACAAAAUUUUUGACAUUAAUGUCAAAGCCACAUUUUUACUUAUGAAAGAAUCUCUGCCUCUUCUCAAAACCAGUAAAUCAUCUUCUAUCAUUAUUAUAUCUUCAAUUGCGGGGUAUCAACCUUUUAAUUUACUGGGUAUAUAUUCAAUCAGCAAAACUGCUUUAAUGGGACUAAUUAAAGCUACUGCAGAAGAUCUUGCAAAAGAAGGGAUACGUGUAAACGGUAUUGCACCAGGAGUAAUAAAAACUAAAUUUUCAGCUCCUUUACACAAGUCAAAAGAAGCGCAAGAACUUUCUCUUGCACUUAUUCCUAUGAAGAGAUUUGGAACAACAGAUGAGAUUGGAAGCGUAGCUGCAUUUCUAGCAAGUGAUGAUGCUUCUUAUAUUACUGGCGAGAUUAUAGUGGCAUCUGGUGGAAUGCCAUCAAGACUCUAAGCUUAACACAAUGUUUUCUAUGUUCUAACAUGAGGUGUGUGUACAAUACUAUAAACUAAUGAUCUUUUUUAAAUAAAUGUUAGUAUAUUUGGAA